GACGCGUACUGAAGUUUCGAAGUUCAACGUGGAACGUUUUAAUGUCCACAACUUUGUUCCAGCAGACUAUCUCAUCGCUUGAUCGACAUGUCAUCAUGCCGCCAUUGCCCGACAUUGCCAGCGCUGUGCCAGCGAUAAUGAUCCUGGAACGGCCCGAACUUGAUUUCUUGCGUUUCAGCAAUAAAUAGCCUGAUCAAUGAAUCAUCUAGCUAUGCGCUUGUGACUCACUGAUGUGACCGAGGAAGAUCUAUUCCUGUGUCCACGAUCUUUCGAGCUAACUGCACGUGUUUGUCCUCGGAGUUUGCAUACAUUAACGUGGUAUAUAAUUCUGGAUACUGCCCCAGACAUCAUCCACACCCUUUCUUUGUUGCAUAGCAUGGAUGCCACCGAAAAACAGCAGCUGGCGAGGCACUUGUACGUCAUCCUUGUGGCAAACAGUAUUAUGGUGUACGACCAUAUGGCAACCCUCACAGACGAAAUCGCUUUCAUUUGGCGUCGUCCGAAGGCACUGUCUGCGAUGUUAUUUCUUAUCAACCGCUAUCUCGCGCUGGUCGGCAAUAUAUAUGGCUUAUAUGUUGAUUUCACGCUCAUUCCAGAUCAGAGCUGUCCGAAAUACAUGAUAUCCAGACAGCUAUUUAUUUUUCUGCAACAAUUCAUCGUUUGCGUCACAUUAAUCAUCCGCACUUAUGCUCUCUACAAUCGUAGCAAACGCCUGAUUAUUUGGGUUACAUUCAUCCUCAUCGUUCUUGCGGGAGGGGCAUCUGCGACAAUUUUUGGACAGUAUGAAGGGAAUUUGACGAUCUCGCCGGGAGUUGGCUGUUUCACAACAUACACAGUAGAGAUAUCUGCAGGUUUGGGGCUAGCAUGGGUGGCCAUCCUGGCCUUCGAAGCACUCAUCUUUGUCCUCACAGUUUAUAGGACUUGUAAAUCUAGAGGUUUGUCGCGGUUACGUCUGGUCACCAGGAGAAACAUCCUUGAUGUCAUAUUUCAUGAUGGUGUGAUGUAUUUUGGAGCCAUGACACUCUGUAAUAUACCGAACAUUGUGAUGUUCUACUAUGGAUCAGCGGUUAUUAGGGGCAAUGUGGGUCUGUCUACAUUCACUGGCUGCAUGUCCGUUACUCUCGUUUCUCGGCUGAUGCUUAACCUGCACAAAUCUGUGGACUCUGGCAUUUUGUCUGUACCUGCCCAGGACGACGACUACUGCCUCUCAGUCUUUACUACUAGUAUCAGCAUACAGUCUGCGAUUGCCUAGAUCUCGCCGUUGCGAAGGUGAUGUCAGGCUCCGUUUCUGUAUGCCAAGACGUAGAUAUUCUUGUCAUAUGAACAACAAGUACAUUAUAUCAGUUAAUACGUAUGUGUUAGACUAAAUAG